GUAGGCGAUAGGCGAUAUGAUCCUAGGCGCCAGGCGGUAGGCUAUACAUCAUCUUCUUCACGGCGUGGCUCCAGCAGCGCCAUUUCAUUCCUUCGUCAGUUUUGUUCUUGUGCGGACGUGCGUGUUCCUCUCUCUCCAAUUUUGACAAAAAAAUUACUUAGAUUUCUCUCUCUAAACGACCGUUCACGAACAGAAGAGCAGUUAUCAAGAUGGACGCAAAAGUUGAGAUGGAUCAAGCCACUGCGGAGAAGAUCGUCGUUCAGGCCGAUGCCGCGAAGGUCGUCCUCGUCGCUGACGUCGAUGCCGAGAAACUAGUCGCUGAGGUCGAAGGCGCGGAGAUCAUCGCCGAGGUCCAAGCUGCUGAGGCCGAUGCUGCGAAGGAGUCAGGUGCGGUCAAGGCGGCUCUGGCUCUGGAUAACAAAGCAAAUCAAUGUAAUCCAAACCACGGGCCGACAGGCGAAGGUUGUGCCGCCGGGUACGAAGGGAAAGGAGAUGAGGCGGAUCUCGAUAAUCACGCUAAUCAACUCAAUCCCGACAAGAAGGAUUGAAUCUGGAGAUGUGUGAGACAAUUGUUAAAAUUAGAACCUCACCAUUUUCCAUACAUAAUUAUUUCAACAUUCCUUAUUAAAAUUCAUUGACCAACUAUUUAUAGUUGCAGUUCUUUUUGUUAUCUUUUUGCUUUGAAUAAAGGAAUUUUUUCUUCUAAAAUGUA